AGCAAACCCAACAUCAACUACAUUACCUCAAUAGUUCAUUUUCUUGUCCUCCUAUUCAUCAUUGUUGCUGGCCUAACCAAAGCAAAUACCAGAAACUUCUCUGAUUUUGUUCCUUUUGGUGCCCGUGGGAUCUUCCAAUCUGCUGCAGUGUUAUUCUUUGCUUAUGUUGGAUUUGAUGCAGUUUCAACAAUGGCAGAGGAGACAAAGAACCCUGGAAGAGACAUUCCUAUUGGUCUUGUAGGCUCAAUGGCAAUUACUACACUUUUAUAUUGCUUGUUAUCAAUGACACUUUGCCUAAUGCAAAAAUAUACCGAGGUUGAUGAAAAUGCUGCUUUCUCAGUAGCAUUUGAAGCUGUUGGGAUGAGUUGGGCUAAGUACAUUGUAGCAUUUGGAGCAUUAAAAGGAAUGACUAGUGUUCUCCUUGUUGGAGCAGUGGGUCAAGCAAGGUAUCUUACACACAUUGCUAGAACUCAUUUGUUGCCUCCAUGGCUUGCAAGAGUAAAUGAAAAAACUGGGACACCUAUUAAUGCCACGGUUGUUAUGUCUGUUGCCACCGCAAUUGUUGCAUUUUUCACAAGCCUUGAUAUUCUUGCUAACCUCCUUUCAAUUUCCACUUUAUUCUUGUUUUCCCUUGUGGCCUUGGCCUUAUUGGUUCGAAGGUAUUGUGUUAGAGGGGUGACUACAAGGUUGAAUAUUGCAAAAUUCAUCGUGUGCAUUAUUCUUAUACUAGGGUCCUCUGUUGCCUCUGCAGUUUACUGGGCCAAAAGUUCAAAUUGGGUUGGUUAUACUAUAUUUGUGCCUCUUUGGAUUGUGGGAACGGUUGGGAUUUGGCUUUUGGUUCCACUUGCGAAGAAGCCAAAGAUUUGGGGUGUGCCACUAGUGCCAUUCUUGCCAUCAGCAUCGAUUGCCAUCAAUGUUUUCCUUCUUGGAUCAUUAGAUAUCGCUUCAUUUAAAAGAUUUGGUGUGUGGACUGCAAUUCUGUUAGUGUAUUACCUGUUUGUAGGAUUACAUGCAUCUUAUGACAUGGCAAAGGCACAAAACGAGGAGAAGGAACCAGAGAUCAAGACUCAGCUGAAGUUAGAUGAAGAAAAUGGUGAUACUUCUAUGAUAGGGUCUGGUAAAAAACAUGAAAACAAUAUGUAG